CAGUAAAAUGGGUAUUUCAACAAGAAAAAGGAAUUAACAAGAAUAUGGUUCAGUGGUUCAGGAGUGUAGCGUAGCAAAUUCUGCUCAAUUUCUAUUGCAUUUAAUACAGCGAAGAUUUUUCGAGGCUGUUCCUUUUGUUUCGAUUCCUUACGUUCAGCAGUGUGGACAUGGGAAUGUAUCCGUAGAAAUCUUUCGCCCAGUGGCGUGGAGACGUAAUACGCACGCGCAUGCGCGUCACUCAGUGUCAUAGCAACCGAGAAGGACAACAUGGCAAAAGCAACAACUAUAAAAGAAGCUCUAGUAAAAUGGGAGGAGAAGAGCGGUGAGAAAGUGGGCGAGGCGAAGGCAGUGAAGCUCUACGCUCAGAUACCCCCCAUUGAGAAAAUGGAUGCCUCCUUGUCUACCCUCAUCAGCUGCGAGAAACUGUCGCUGUCUACAAACUGCAUAGAGAAAAUUGCCAAUCUGAAUGGUUUGAAAAACUUAAGAAUACUAUCAUUGGGACGCAACAACAUAAAGAACCUCAACGGACUGGAAGCAGUGGGUGACUCGCUGGAGGAGCUGUGGAUCUCCUACAACCUGAUCGAGAAGCUGAAGGGAAUUCACGUCAUGAAGAAGCUCCGGGUGCUAUACAUGUCCAACAAUCUUGUGAAGGAGUGGGGGGAGUUCCAGAAACUAGCAGAACUCCCGUCGCUGGCGGACCUGGUGUUCGUGGCAAACCCGCUGGAAGAGAAGCACUCCACUGAAGGCACCUGGAUAGAGGAGGCCACCAAAAGACUCCCCAAGCUGAAGAAACUGGACGGUAACCCUGUGAUCAAACAAGAUGAGGAAGAAGGGGAAGGUGAAAGUUAACCGAUUCCAUUUUAUGUUUUAUUUAUGUUUACAGAAAUACUUUUAAUCAAUGUUUUUAAAUGGGUCAAGCACCAGCAGUUUGAAAGAACUCUCUUUUAGUUUUUUUUCUUUUCUUUCAUAUUUUGACAUUAUAAGCUCAGCUCUCUGGCCCAGAAGUCUGACUUAGUUGUACACUAGAGAUAUAUUUGGUUUUCUUCAGCUGUGAAUCAGAGUAUCAUGAGGACCCUUGCGUAUUUGAAUAGAAUUAACUGCGCAACAAGAUUAAAAAGUAAUUUAAAAUACUGAAUAUUUAUAAAGUCAAAUCUACAAGCAGAAUUAAUAUACAAGGCACCAUUGAAAAUAUAUUGCUACACAAAACUGAUAAAAAUAUGCAAACAGUUAAGCAAAAUAAAUCCCCUCUAAACGCACAAUGUCAGGCUGUAUGCAUCAAAAAAUGAAUAGGUUCAUAAUGUGUGGAUAAGGAUUCUGUGAUUCAUUUAAUCAAUUUCUUUGGUAAAGGAUAAUGCUGUAAACACUGAAAAAACAACAUAAUGACUGGUACGCAUUAUAUCAAUAUGGAUAUAUCUUGACACAUUUAUGUGAAAAGUAGUGAUUUAUUCAAUGAAUUACAAAAAUAAUCAGAGUGCAUUCACGCACUGGUGCUCUAUGAAAUCAUUUUGAUGGAAUCUUUUAAUAGACCGACCGUAGGCAGCUCUUCAAAAUAUAAUUACGCAGCAACUUCCUAAUAUUUGUAAAAACAUUAAGCUUUUGUGGUGGCGAGCUAAUCAUAUAUAAUACAAUGAUUUCUAAAUGUACUCAACUGAGUUCUGAAACACAGUAAAAAAAAGUUUCUAACAGAGUUCUGAACCAAUGUGAUGAUGAUAUAAUCUUUUUCGUAGCAAACAAACCGAUUUCUAGGAGCAGACACUUGGACAUCGGCCCUUAGUAAUGUGUUUUAUUUCCACGCACUCAGAACCCAGAGAGCAUUCUGGGUCACGAGUGUCCAUUUCCUUGCUCCUCAGCCUUUUUCAGGACAAGCAUAAAGCAAGCAAAGAGACAGCAGCACUUUAUGCAAACACUGCGGCAUUCCGAUGUAUUUCAUACACACAAAUACCGUCUGGUAAUUAUUUUAAAAUUGAAAUGAAAUGGAAUGAUAUCUACCAGAUAUUGCACCAGUGACUUUCUGUAUAGUUUCUGUAUUAUUAUGGUUUAUUUUAUUGUCAUUUAUUAUUAUUCCCUUCCAUUU